AUGGCGCCUUCGGUAUCCAAGAGCUCCAAUAUGGGCCAAAUCAUUGAGUACAUUGAGAACCGCUUAUAUCUCGCAUCAUACGUAAACCCUCCCGAGGCCGACACCCUCUUUCCCUACCCGGAGCCACCAACCCGCUCGCCCACCAAGCGUUCGAGAGCUGCAGCUGAGCAGCCAACCCCGGUCGCCGCUCGCAAACAGCCAUACUACUUCUCCAUCGACGAUUCGCUUCUCUACAAUGCUUUCCACCACGACUUUGGCCCAUUGCACAUUGGUCACCUGUAUCGCUUUGCGCUCGAAUUCCAUGAUAUUCUUGGCGCCAAAGAGAACAAGGACCGACCAGUAGUGUUCUGGAGCAGAGCUGACCCGAGGAGCCGAGCCAAUGCCGCUUGCGUACUGGCAUGUUAUAUGGUGCUGAUCCAGUCUUGGCCACCGCACCUGGCGCUCGCGCCUAUCGCGCAGGUCGACCCCCCAUUGAUGCCAUUCCGUGACGCUGGCUACAGCACAGCCGACUAUGGAAUCACGGUACAAGAUGUCGUUUACGGUGUAUGGAAGGCCAAGGAAGAGGGCUGUGUGAUGCUCGACUCUUUCGACCUUGGCGAGUACGAAAAAUACGAGCGUGUUGAGAACGGCGACUUCAACUGGAUUACUCCUCACUUCCUGGCCUUCGCGUCGCCAAUGCACUUACCCGUCGACAGGGUAACCGAAGCCAUGGGAGACGCUUACAAGCUCCUCCCCAAGACCAUCGCAGAUGUCAACAAACAUCCCGACCUGCCGGAUCCCUUCAAGAAUGUUCUCUGCCACUUUUCCGAAAAGAACAUUGGCCUCGUCGUGCGUCUCAACUCCCAGCUGUACUCUCCAUCCUACUUUGAGUCCCUCGGCAUCCGCCACUUGGACAUGAUCUUCGAGGAUGGUACCUGUCCACCCCUCUCCCUCGUGCGAAAGUUCAUCCGCCUGGCGCACGAGACGAUUACGAUACGUAAGCGCGGGAUCGCCGUGCACUGCAAAGCCGGUCUCGGCCGCACUGGCUGUCUGAUCGGUGCCUACCUCAUCUACCGCCAUGGCUUCACGGCCGAUGAGGUUAUCAGCUACAUGCGCUUCAUGCGCCCGGGUAUGGUAGUCGGCCCGCAGCAGCACUGGCUUCACCUGAACCAGGGCGUGUUCCGUGAGUGGUGGGUCGAGGAGCGUGUGGCUCGCAAGCUGCGCAAGGAGCUCGCUGCCGCAGCUCAAAACACGGCCAACACGGGCGUUCCGAGCACUCCAAUCCGUGCCAUGCAAAAAGCUAGCCUUGGUCGCACCAGCGCCACGCAAGCCAGCACGCCGCCCAGCAAGUCACGCACACCGCUCGGCGAGAUGGACACGGAGAGCAACACGGUUGGUGUUCAAGAGGACUAUCUGCCUGCCCCAACACCCGGUCAGCCACGAAAGACGGGAAGGAACCCUAGCGGGCGUCACCACCCGUACUCUCGCAACGACGUAAGCGCCAAAGUUGAGGAGCAGCAACACGCUUCGGAGAGCAUCUCGGUGCACCGCAGCACCAACGAGAGCGAUGAGGAGUGGCACAUGCGCAUGGCCAGGACCUCGACGCGAGCCAGCCCCAACGAGAAGAAGCCGCGCAGCGCCAGCCACACCACCACAACCACCACGACAACACACCAUGUCUACUCUUCCUCUUCCACUUACGUCGACAACGACGCUUCCAACGACAUUGAGAACAUCGGCUCUUCUGUUGGAAGAACCAAGUCGGUCAAGGAAGAGGGCGCACGCUCCAGCGCGAGCGGCGUGCUCGCCAAGGUUCGUGGUGUCGAGCGCUCUGGAAGCACGAGGAGGGCGGCUGCGUCGACCACGGUGGGCAAGGAGCCGACCGGCAUCAGGAAGACGAGCGGCAGGGUAGCCAGCGCUCACGCGGGAGCUGUGCGAAAGGCCUCAGGGCUGUAA